AGAAGAGGGAGCAAAAUGGUUCAAGUGUGUUUCGUUCUGGAUCUGCGCAGCUUGGCACCUCCAUUGCUGAGGGACCUUAAGCAGUCCCUGCUUCAACUUGCCAAUUUCUAUGCCGUUUCAACUUCUUCCUCGUUACUUGGCCGCAAAUCAACCGCUGUCACCGAUAAGAUCGGCUUGUGCUACGUUUUCAAGAAUCGUUUAUCUUCGUCCGACGAUUUAAAGAUCGCGUACACUCCCAGGGGAAACUUCAACCUACGCGAUUUCCACCACGCUGUUAACAACCUGCCUUCCGAUGCUUUUCUUCCCGAUGCCUAUAUCAGUUCCGGUGCUCUCUUUUAAUUUGGUCAUUUAUGUUCAGAUGUUAUGAUUUCAAAAGUUUUGAGCGAUAAAGUAUUGUAUUCAUGGCAAGGGAAAGAUAUUGAGAGAAAAGUAAUCUUUGUAACUUCGAGCUUGCCGGAAGAUGUGGACUCUAUAAUGCAAAAAAGCCUGAUGGAUGCUGCAGAUAAAUGUGUUUCAGUUGAUUUUGCUGUAUUUCAGCAAAAGUCAAGUCAUCUGACGGAUACGCGUGAAAACAUUCACAAUUUUCGUCGUAGUAUUUCUCAUCUUGAUAAUUGCUCAAUUCAGACCUAUAUUCCAGAUUUCAGAGUGUUACACAGCCUAGUUAAAAAAUGGUUGCGGGUUUUGAAGGAUGACAUGGAGGAGCCACUCUUAGCUCGUCUUACUUUCAAAGACAAUCUUUUGGAUUCUGUGAACCAUAUAUUCUUCAACCUGUUUGCACUAGUCAAUCCAAUGACAAGUAGCUUCAGUCAGUGCCAGACAUGCAGAUGUCAUGGUAUUCCUUUAGGGGAUGAUGAAAAAAAUAUCAAUUUCUCUUGCCCCAUCACAGGCUGCAAUCUGGACACAUGUGAUCGUAUUCAGAAUUCUGUUAGAGUUGGGGAAAAAACAGUUCUUUUUCUUCCCUCAUUCCACAAUUCCCAGAUGUUCAAGCAAAUUACUUCACCAAUUGACAUGACUGUCAGUGAGAGGGUAAAAUUGGCAUCUCUUGAUGAAGGUCUAAUUAUGGGCACAUCCUUUGUUGUGAUUCCUUCUCCUUAUCAUGUGAUUGAAGGCACUUCAGAUGAUGCAGAUCAGGCAGAUUUGAAUUCUCAAAUUUUUCGAGGUCUUUCUGGUGUUUUAUAUUCAAUGGACCAAGGUUUAAUCUGCUCCUCAAAUUGUGAUUUGGAAACAAUGGCGGAAGCUGCUUAUCGCUGCUACUAUGUUAUGCAACCAUCAAAUAAUGGGUCAAUGCUUUUGAGGCGGGUUGCAGGGGCAGAAGAAGUUUUACGGGUUCCUGAUGAAGGAUUAGUUGAUUCAUUGGUUAAUAAGGAAAUUGAGAAUUCUGUUCAAGCCUGUCUGCUGAAGAUUAAUCUAACAGACUAUGAUCCACUGCUACAUGAAGGAGGCUUUCAUCAGAAACUAAAUUUUCUUGUCAAAGAAAGCCUACAAUCGGGGUCAGUAUUUCCUAUAUUAGAAGGUAAAUUUUCUGAACUGAGCUCCAUUCGUCAACCUCCUUCAGAUGUUAUCGGUAAAGCAGAAUCAUCCAUUGAUGUAGCAGUUGUGGAUAAGGAAACUUUGCCUUUGGAUGUUACGAGUCAAGAUGACAAAACCAUUGCAUGCAUUACAGAAGAAUGGAAGCAACUGGUUGUAAACGAAGACCCCAAGCUGUACUCUCCAUCUUGUACGUCAAAAGCAUUGUCGGAUCAACCAACUUUAUCACCACGAGUAGGUAAUAGGCAGCUAGAUAGAGAAACUUCUAGGAUUUUGGAGAGGUUAGAGGUUCCAAGGCCACUGAAAGCAAAGGCAGCAUCUCCAGUCUUAAAUGAAAAUUGCAUGAAAAAUGCAUGAAAAAUGCAAGUGUCCGUAAAGAAGCCUCUUGUACCAUGCCAACCCAAUCAAGGUACACAAGAAGUUUCUGUCGGCAGCCAGUUAAUGAAACCAAAUUUCCAGAAGCAGAAAAGGAAACACAGAUGAAAAGAAAUCAUGAAAACAGAUCUUCAAAAAUCAAUAAGGUCAGUGAAUUUCUUUUCUCUUUUAAAUUGUGUUACGACCUAGGUUAGUAGAUCAUGCGUUCAUGGAACAUGUUGUGGAAGGGGCCAAAAUAAUGUGACAAUGAUUAAUGUUGAUAUGCAUAUGAAAUGCUUGAUUACUAGUAUUAACAAGUUUAGACAUUCAAUAGGGAUA